AUGGAGGAACUGGCCCGGGAGAGCAUCAGCCUGCUGGCUCGGUCCGCUUCCCAUUCGGAUCCCCCGCGGCUGGGAUCCUUCGGCGCCGUUUUCAUCAUGCUGAAGUCCGCGCUUGGAGCCGGACUGCUAAACUUCCCCUGGGCCUUCCAGAAAGCGGGGGGAGUGAGUACUGCUGUUAGUGUGGAGCUGGUAUCUCUGGUGUUCCUGAUCAGCGGGCUGGUCAUCCUCGGCUACGCCUCGUCCGUCAGCAGACGAAAGACAUACCAGGAUGUGGUGCGAGACGUGUGCGGACGAGCCAUCGGCCAACUCUGUGAGGUCUGUUUCUGCUUCAACCUCUUCAUGAUAUGUGUGGCCUUCCUGGUGGUGGUGCAGGACCAACUGGAGAAGCUGUGCAUUUCUUUGUACGAGACGGUGACCGGGUCAGGUGAAGGGGAAAUGCCGUACCACUGGUACACCGACCAGCGCUUCGCCCUCUUCGUCAUGUGCCUCGUAAUCAUCCUGCCGCUGUCCAUCCCGAAAGAAAUCGGCAUCCAGAAAUACACGAGUGUGCUGGGGACACUGGCUGGGACCUAUCUGUGCGUGGCGGUGAUUGCCAAGUACUACCUGAUGGAGAACCACACGGCCAUUCUCACUCCAGCGCACACUCAAGGCGCGGCCUCGUGGGCGUCCAUGUUCAGCGUUGUGCCCACCAUCUGUUUCGGUUUCCAGUGCCACGAGGCCUGCAUAGCGAUCUACAGCAGCAUGGAGAAGCAGAAAAUCACGCACUGGGUGAUCAUCUCCGUCAUCUCCAUGCUCUUCUGUUUGCUCAUCUACACGCUGACCGGAGUGUACGGCUUCAUGACGUUCGGUCGAGAAGUCGCCUCCGACAUCUUGAUGUCUUAUCCGGGGAAUGACGUCGUCAUGAUUAUUUCCAGAUUGCUUUUCGGGAUAUCGAUCAUUACGAUUUAUCCGAUUAUUCUUCUUCUGGGGAGAUCCGUCAUCCUGAACCUGAUGGUGCGGAUCCAAAGGCGUCGUCUGGGUAUCGUCACGAGCUCCUUCGAGAGUCGCUGCCGGGCGCUUCUCACCGUUAUCUGGAUCACCGUCACUCUUCUUAUCGCCAUGUUUGUCCCUGACAUGAGUGAAGUCAUCAGUGUCAUUGGAGGAAUCAGCGCUUUCUUUAUAUUUAUCUUCCCUGGUCUUUGCUUGGUGUUCAUCAUGCAAAAUGAACCCGUGAACCCAAGACUCAGAAUCCUUCUGACAAUUUGGGGUAUAAUAACCAUUGUUGUUGGAGCCUUCAUCUUCGGACAGAGCACGACGAUUGCUGUCAUGGAACUUCUCGACAAAUUUUAA